CCAGAAACCUUUUCAUGUCUCCUUUUCCUGAGAUUCCUUUCAUAUUACAAUUUUUGUUAGAAAGGCUACCCUUCUGGGUGUUGAGUACAGAGAAAGUAACUCCGGUAUCAAGUCAAAACUCAAACAACUUCCCUCCACUGCCCAGGUUACUCAGGGCUUCUUGUGGGAGAUGAGAAUCUAAUGGUCCAAGACCAGUUGGGGAGCCUUGUGGCCCUAUCAUAUCUCAUCUUCAGUGAGGGACAGCCGAAAUGAUUGCGCUUUGCCCUUCUUUCUGUUCCGGGAGUGGUUUGGGCAGUCCUGUUUCCAGUGCUCUUCCUGGUUACAGUGUGCACAUUGAUUGGACCCCAACUUUGUUGGUGGUCUCUUGGUCCCAUGGAGGGGGCUUGGGGCACGCACUCACGGGUAUCAUCUUUUCCUCACCCAGGUUACUUCGUGUAGGCUGGAGAGCUCCCACCGAAAGAGCAACUUGCCUUCUCAUCUUCUGGUCUUCUUUUACAUCCUCCAUCACAUCCAGUUAUGGAACACCUUGAAAGCUAGUUCUGGAAGCUGAGCAGGGAACGAACAGGACAUUUUACCUGCUGGUAUGAAGAGUAUCUGUAGGCAAGGAGCUGGAGGGGAGGCAGGAUCAUUUAUGACUCAUCUCUGUUCUAUUAUUUCUCAGUUGUAUCUUCACGUGUCUUCAUGCUUCUUUAAGAAAAGCAGAAAAUGAACAAACCCCAGGGGUCACUGUCCUUUGGAGAUGUGACUGUGGACUUUUCCCAGGAAGAGUGGCAGCAUCUGGACCCUGCUCAGAGGACCCUAUACAGGGAUGUGAUGCUGGAGAACUACCACAACUUUGUCUCAGUGGGGUAUCCCAUUAAAAAGCCAGAGGUGAUCUUCAAGUUGGAAGAAGGAAAGGAGCCAUGGAUAUUAGAGGAAGAAUUUCUAUACCAGAACUACCCAGAAGACAGCAGAGCUUAUUACGUAGCAGAGAGAAUCCAGAAAAACCAAGACAAAUACUUGCCACACGUUUUAUUCAACAACAAAAAAGUGACCUCAGAGAAAGUUUAUGCUUUAAGGAAAUCAUCUAAUAGAAGUACAGAUUUUAUUCCUUCAAGAAAAAUACCCUGUAAACAUGACUUACAUGGAAUGAAUUUGAAAAAUAUUUUAGUAUCAAUUGGUAGUAAUAGAUAUUUUUCAAGGAAAAAGCCUCACAUGUUAAAUGUAUAUGAGCAUUUACUUGAUAUUAAGCAGGAAAAACCUCAUACUCAAGAGGGUUCUUAUGAAAAUAAUCAAUAUGAGAAAGCCCUUGGUCAUAAGAAUGGUAUUAUUCAGCAUGUAAAUACUCAGUCUUCAGAGAAGACUUUAAAAUAUGAUGGUGGAAAAUCCUUAGGAAAAAAGACCACAAUAAUUCCACACAGGCAAAUUGACACAGGAGAGAAACUCUGUGAAUAUAAUGGACAUGGAGAAACCUCUGAGAAGUCAUCUCUCUUGAAAUGUCAUGGGGUUUCCUUUGAAAUGAAACAAUGCAAAGGCAAUCAAAUUGAAAAUAAUUUUAGCAGGAUGUCACAUUUUACUCAAGUUCAGAAAAAAAAGAGAUGUGAGGGUCUAUUGAAAUGUAGUGAAUGUGGGAAAACAUUCAACUACAAGUCAAACCUCACAGUGCAUCAGAAAACACACAUAGGAGAGAAACCCCAUGAAUUUAAUUCAUGUGGGAAAACGAGUCAUAAGUCACCCCUCACAGACCAUCAGUUAGCACAUAUAGGGGAGAAACUUUAUAGUGAAUGUGGGAAGUCCUUUUGCAAGAAGUCAUCUCUUACUCAACAUGAGGAAACAAACACAGGGAGGAAACCCCAUGAAUGCAAUGAUUGUGGAAAAACUUUCUGCAAGAAGUCAGCCUUCACUCAACAUCAGAGAACUCAUACAGGAGAGAAGCACUUCCAACGUAAUGAAUGCAGUAAGACCUUCCAUCGCCAGUCAGACAUUAAGGUACAUCAGAGAAUUCACAAAGGAGAGAAACGCUUUCAAUGUAAUGAAUGUGGCAAGACUUUCCAUUGGCAGUCAGACAUUAAGCUACAUCAGAGAAUUCACACAGGAGAGAAACCCUUUCAGUGUAGCAAAUGUGGUAAAACUUUCUAUCGGCAGGCAGAUGUUAAUGCACAUCAGAGAAUUCACACAGGAGAGAAACGCUUUCAAUGUAAUGAAUGUGGUAAGACUUUUUAUUGGCAAUCAGACGUUCAUGCACAUCAAAGAACUCACACAGGAGAAAAACCCUUUCAGUGUAAUGAAUGUGGUAAAUCUUUCCAUCGGCAGUCGGAUGUUAACGUUCAUCAGAGAACUCACACAGGAGAGAAACGCUUUCAAUGUAAGGAAUGUGGUAAAACUUUCUAUCGUCAGUCCGACGUUAAUGCACAUCAGAGGAUUCACACAGGACAGAAACCCUUUCAAUGUAAUGAAUGUGGUAAAACUUUCUAUCGGCAGUCAGACGUUAAUGUGCAUCAGAGAACUCACACAGGAGAGAAACGUUUUCGAUGUAAUGAAUGUGGUAAAACUUUCUAUCGGCAGUCAGAAGUUAAUGUUCAUCAGAGAACUCACACAGGAAGAAGCCCUUUCAAUGUAAUGAGUGUGGUAAAACUUUUUAUCGGCAGUCAGAUGUUAACGCACAUCAGAGAAUUCACACAGGAGAGAAACCUUAUAAAUGUAAUGAAUGUGGGAAAUCCUUAUGAGAAAUCAUCCCUCACUCGACAUGAGAGAACUCACACAGGGGAAAAGCCCUAUGAAUGUAAUGAAUGUAGGAGAACCUUCUGCCAGAAGUCAGCCCUCACUCAACAUCAGAGAACUCACACAGGAGAUAGACCCUUUCGAUGUAAUGUCUGUGGUAAAACUUACCGUCAUCUGUCAGCCAUUAAUGUACAUCAGAGAACUCACACAGGAGAGAAGCCCUUUCAGUGUCCUGAAUGUGAGAAAUCUUUUCUUACAAAGUCAACUCUUAUUAAUCAUCAGAGAACUCACACAGGAGAAAAACCCUUUGAAUGUAAUGAGUGUGGGAAGAGUUUUCGUCAUAAAUCUACCCUCACUACCCAUCUGAGAAUUCACUCAGGAGAGAAACCUUAUAAAUGCUGUGAAUGUGGAAAAACUUUUGGCCGGAAAUCAGCCCUUACUAAUCAUCAAGGAAUUCACCUAGGUAGAAACUCUGUAGCAGAAACUUGCUGGGUUUUUCCUCAUACCCAUUUUUCUUUGUGGUUACCUACUAGUCAAGAUUUUGUGGCUUUCCAUUCACAUGAGGCCUUGUGACCUCUGGCAUAAAUUCCAAGCCUGUUUGAAAUUUUUCCUACUUCCAUUUUUCUUUCCAUAUCAAAGGGUAUGGGGAUCAUCCUCAGGGUACUUGGGAGCUAGUCAUUAGAUUAUAGAUUCACAGGUUUGAAGAAACCAGGGUCCUGGGCAGAGUUCUGCCUUCUCUAACAUCCCUUGUAAGUCUUGUCAUGAACCAGAAAUAAAUUUCAGAUUUGUUCAGACAUUACAUGUUUAGGGCUUUUUGUUGUCAUAGUAUAUCCUAGCCAUCCCUUAUUUCAUAUACCCUGUGAAUCUAAUGAAGGCAUGAGAAACACUGUAUGUCAGAGAAUUCAUUAGGGGGGAAAUUGCUCUCAGUAUUCUGCAUCUUAAUAAACUUUGAUGAACAAGUCAAGCAUUUUGUAAAUCAGAAAUUUACAAAUUGAGACACCCUAAAAUGAAAUGAAUGUAGGAGAAUUUUCACAAUCUGCUUCUGAUUGGCCAUGAUAUAAUUGAGAAUAGAAGCUAAUAACUUGAAAAGCACUUCAAAAUUUAUUUAUCAGAGAAUGCAUAACAAAGGAAAAUUGUCAGUUUAGGAAGUGAGGAAAACAUCCUUGUCUAGAAAUAAUCUUGUUCUAGAAGCAAUGUUUUGGAUGCAGUACUAAAUAAUCUUAUUAAUAAUCUACCAUGGGAUAUUUAUUUGACCACAAUGGUCAACAUGUGGCUUUGAGACUGCACAGGUGAGUUGAGACAUCAAAGUAACAGCACUAAGUGUGUAUGUGAAUAAAAUAGCAGCACUUUGUAAACAUCAGCACUAAGUGUAUAUAUGAAUAAAGUAAUAGCACUAAGUAUAUAUGUGAAUAAUAUAUGUAAACAAAGUAACAGCAUUAUGUGUUUAGGUGAAUAGUAAGC